ACAAUUUCUCGCACCAUGCUUAAAGCAUUUGCGGGUCGAAAGUGGUGAAAAUUAAAAUUAAAAUUUAUCAAUUAUCAAUCGUCUGAUGGGCCGCUGGGAUGAAACGUAUGAAAAUCAAACGUAUGAAUUCGCUCCUGACGUUUGGUUUGACGUUUAUGACGGGCGGGCAAAUGAUAUGUUUACAACUCUCAACUCUCGCUUUGGCUCUGGUGUUUCCUAACCCCGUCGAUUUUGCACAGCAAAAAAAAAAAAAACGAAAAAAAAUAGGCGUCAGCCUUGUCGUACUCAACUCGACCCAUAGCUUGCCGGGGCGUUAGCAAUGGAAGCGGGCACUUCGAACGAUGGCUGCCCCGACGAAAGCGAUGCACAGGCGAAUGCGAAUCGUGGCUGUCCGUUGGAAGCGAUCUACCAUCGCCGAACCGACCCGUACGAGUUGGCACAUUUCCCAGCGAUCGAGCGUACCGAACAGCACACGGUACUGUACGAACUACCCUUCCAGCCACAUGCGGACAAACCGCCCGCCCCGUACUGUUGCACCGGACGGGCGGCAGCCGUAGUAGCAGCGGCGGCCGGUGCCACCCUGCGCCUGCCGACCAUGUCCCGGUGCAUGAUGCGCAACGCGGACGGAUCGCACGCGGUGGAAAACCGCUGGACGCUGGUGUGCCGCGCGCUGGCGAAACCGAUUGCCAACUCGCGCCAGCUGGAGGAAACCAUCCUACAGUACAACCCGGACUACCGGACACACGGCCAGUUCGGUGCGUUGCACCGGCUGUUCGAGGAGCAGUGCGAGGAUGAGGAGCGGGCGGCAUUCUUCGGCGACACGCUGCCACGGAUGGUGACGUUGGCCCUUCGGCUGACGGAACUGUUCCGCUCGCCCGUGCCGCUGCUCGUACACUGGAAAAAUCAUGCCGUAUCGAUGACGCAGGAACAGGCGGCCUGCCUGCUGGCGAAUGCAUUUUUCUGCACCUUCCCACUGCCCAAGUCGAACCUGGCGAAACACUUUUCCGGCACGAACUUUGCGCCACUGUUUGCCGGCUCCAGCCAGUCGGUGGUGGAGAAGAUCAAGUGCCUCUGUCACUACUUCCGGCGCGUCUGCACGCGCAUGCCGACCGGUGUGCUGACGUACGAGCGGCGUUUCGUUCACGCGCAACACCUACCGGACUGGGGCACGGUGGACGCACCGUUUGCGCGCGAACGUGUCCCCCUGCACGUGACGUCGGACGGCACGAUCGAGGAUCAGGGCGUCGGGCUGCUGCAGAUGGUGUUCGCCAACCGGUUCCUGGGCGGUGGCGUUAUCGGGCACGGUUGCGUGCAGGAGGAGAUACGGUGCGUGAUCAAUCCGGAGCUGCUGGUGGGCCGGCUGCUGUUCGAAUCGUUGCGCGAGACGGAAGCGUACUUCGUGCUCGGGUCAGAACAGUACUGCACGUACGCCAACUAUGCCUCCAGCUUCACCUUCCAGGCGGACUAUCGCGAUGUGACGCCGCGGGAUGCGAGCGGCCGGCGGCGCUGCUACAUCGUUGGGCUGGACGCGAUCCGGAUGCAGCCGGGGAUCGAUCAGUACGCCGAGCAAGCGUUACGGCGGGAGCUCGGGAAGGCGUACGCCGGUUUCCGGGAUGGGUUGGGUGGGCGGUCGCUCGCACCGGGCAUUGCGACCGGCAACUGGGGUUGCGGUGCGUUCGGGGGCCAUGCACCGCUGAAGGCCCUGCUGCAGCUGAUGGUGGCGUGUGUCGUCGAGCGGCCACUGCUUUACUUUACCUGCAAUGAGCCCGGUUUGCAGGAACGGUUGCUCGCGAUCUACACCUUCCUGACGGAGCGCCGGAUCGGCGUGGCGACACUGUACCGGGAGCUGGUAGGCUACGGUGCCAAGGGAUACAAAGAGCGGCCGGACCUGUAUGACUAUCUGUACCAACAUCUGUAAGCAGGACCUCGGGCAUACGGUCCGUUGCACUAUCGAUUGUCUAACACUAUUAUUGUUCUUUGUCUAUUAUGAGCUAAUACAAACAAAACGAACUGAAUAACUACAACCACACACACACGCACACACGCGGGUAUGAGAA